GGAAUAUGCUGACUUUAUAGAUAGGGAGGAAUUCCCUAGUCGGGCAUACAGGCAUCUCCAAACAGGGAAAGACGACGACGGGCAUCCCAGCUCUUCGGGAGGAUUUCCAGGGGAAAGGAGAGGCUCUCGAGAAAGAAGCAGGGUUUUACGUCAGUGACGUUUCCUCCAUUUCACAUUUGUGGAAAUUCAGCCUUUUGUGAAGCAUCUUUGCCAGACUGUAGUUCACCUACUUGAGUUUAUUCCAGCCCUCUUUCACUACUGCACGUAAAAGGAUUUGGUUGCCAUGGUGAAGGAAAAAGUGGCCCACCCUCAGGAUCCUCACCACACCCCCGAGAAGCCCGCCAUCCACUGCCACAAGUGUGGGGAGCCGUGCAAGGGAGAAGUGCUGCGUGUCCAGACCAGGCAUUUCCACAUCAAGUGCUUCACCUGCAAAGUGUGCGGCUGUGACCUGGCCCAGGGGGGCUUCUUCAUUAAGAACGGAGACUACCUGUGCACUCUGGAUUACCAGCGGAUGUACGGCACACGCUGCAAUGGCUGUGGGGAAUUUGUGGAGGGAGAAGUGGUGACCGCUCUGGGGAAGACCUACCACCCCACCUGCUUCGCCUGCACCGUGUGCAAGCGCCCAUUUCCACCUGGAGACAGGGUUACCUUCAAUGGGAGGGACUGUCUGUGUCAACUCUGUGCCCAGCCGAUGUCCACCAGCCCUAAAGAAGUUUCAAGUUCAAGCAGCUGUGCUGGCUGUGGAAGAGACAUUAAGAAUGGCCAGGCAUUGCUGGCCCUGGAUAAACAGUGGCAUCUGGGAUGCUUCAAGUGCAAGUCUUGUGGGAAAGUGCUCACUGGAGAAUAUAUCAGCAAGGAUGGUGCCCCUUACUGCGAAAAGGAUUAUCAGGUGCUCUUUGGGGUCAGAUGUGAAGCAUGUCACCAGUUCAUCACGGGGAAAGUUCUAGAGGCAGGAGACAAGCAUUACCACCCGAGCUGUGCACGAUGCAGCAGAUGCAAUCAGAUGUUCACAGAAGGAGAGGAAAUGUAUCUUCAAGGUUCCACAGUCUGGCAUCCGGACUGUAAGCAGUCCACUAAGGCAGAAGAAAAGCUUCGGCCCCUAAAUGCUCCUCGUUCCUCAUCUGAUUUCUUUUACCCUAAAAGUCUGAUUCGCCGUACCCGAUGGUCUCCGCAGCCAACCAGAACCUCCUCUGAAAGCAUCUACUCCAGACCAGGCUCAAGUAUCCCUGGCUCACCUGGCCAUACUAUCUAUGCAAAGGUAGACAAUGAGAUCCUUGACUAUAAGGAUUUAGCCGCCAUUCCCAAAGUUAAGGCUAUUUAUGACAUUGAACGUCCAGAUCUUAUCACCUAUGAGCCAUUCUACACUUCCACCUAUGAAGACAAACAAGAAAGGCAGAGUCUUGGAGAGUCUCCAAGGACUUUAUCGCCUACACCAUCUGCGGAGGGUUAUCAGGAUGUUCGAGAUCGUAUGAUCCAAAGAUCCACCAGUCAAGGCUCCAUUAACUCUCCGGUGUACAGCCGCCAUAGCUACACACCGACAAUGUCUCGCUCUCCCCAGCAUUUCCACAGACCUGAGCUGCUUUCUCCUGGUGUGCAGCGGUUGUCAUACCUGCGCACUAGAAGUCUCAGCUCCACCCACAAUGACUCCCGCCCUAACUCCCCAUUCCGACACCACUUCAUUCCCCAUGUGAAAGGCAAUGAGCCGUCCAGCGGCCGGAACUCCCCUGUCCCUUAUCGGCCAGACAGCCGCCCUCUAACUCCAACUUACGCUCAGGCCCCUAAACAUUUCCAUGUUCCAGAUCAGGGGAUCAACAUGUAUCGGAAGCCACCCAUCUACAAACAGCAUGAUGCAGCUGCCCUAGCAGCCCAGAACAAGUCUUCCGAGGAUAUCAUCAAGUUCUCCAAGUUCCCAGCAGCCCAGGCUCCAGACCCCAGCGAGGUACCAAAGAUUGAGUCGGACCACUGGCCAGGUCCCCCUUCACUUGCUGCCGUAGGAACAGACAUGAGACGCAGAUCAAGCGGCAGGGAAGAUGAUGAUGAGGAACUACAGAGACGCAGGCAGCUUCAAGAAGAGCAGCUAAUGAAGCUCAACUCGGGUCUGGGACAAUUGAUACUGAAAGAAGAAAUGGAAAAGGAGUCCCGAGAGAAGCCAUACCUUUCAGCCAGUCGUUAUGAUUCUCCAAUUAAUGCAUCUCCACAUACUUUGUCAUCUAAAACCUCCUCUCUCCCUGGUUAUGGAAGAAAUGGACUUCAUAGGCCUGUCUCUACAGAUUUUGCCCAGUAUAAUAGCUAUGGUGAUGUCAGCGGUGGUGUUCGAGAUUUCCAGUCCCUCCCGGAUGGUCAUGUACCUGCAAGGAGAAUGGACAGAGGAGUGUCUAUGCCUAACAUGUUGGAACCAAAGAUCUUUCCAUACGAAAUCCUCAUGGUGACCAACAGAGGGCGAAAUAAAAUACUAAGAGAUGUAGACAGAACCAGGCUUGAGCGUCAUCUAGCACCUGAAGUUUUUCGAGAAAUAUUUGGAAUGCCAAUUCAGGAGUUUGACAAGUUACCUCUCUGGAGACGCAAUGACAUGAAGAAAAAAGCAAAGCUCUUCUAAAUUGUAUACUUGCCCGCAGUUUAAAAAGAAUGGUGAUGCAUAGGUUAUUAUAUUCUAGAUCCCACACUUGAUUGGAGAACUUAGAAGCUACUGCUCCUCCACAACAACAAAAAGGGAAAACCUGAUUUACGGCAGUCUUGGCGUAACCACUGGGCCAACCAACAGAGACACUUGCCACGAAGAACAGGGUGGAAAUUUCGAUGUUCCAAAACUCAACAGCUGUUUUCACAUGUGAUCUUUUUACAUUACCUUGUGAACAUAAGAACUGCUUUCGGAUUCCAUAUCCCUUUUACUGUUGUCCAGAUGUAUAACAGCCUGUAGUGGUCGAGCCAGGAAGUGCCCUUAGAAUGCCUAACAGGAAGUAGUUGUAAUGACUCCAUGAAAUAAUUAUAUCUAUACACACUGUGGUUAAGAGGAAAAAAAAACUAGCAUAGCCUUGUGAAAAAUAGUAAUGGUUUUGCACAGACAUUUUGUAAUUGGUUUUGUGUAAAACUGCCCAUUCUGUACCUGUAGUACAAAGCAGAGGGACAGGGAGUUGAGAGAGUUUCACUCCACUGGCAGAAGUGUUCCCCCAGUCCCAGGUCACCAAAAUGGAAAAGCCGUCAGUGGUGUGGGAGACUCCCCUACUCAACAGUCAAGGUGGAGUCCCCAAGGCUAUGCUCACCCGAGUCACCUUUUCAUCCAGAGAGCCUGUCCAGGAGGCAGCGUACCAGAGACGUGAUGUUAAAUGCACUCAGCCCUCUCUGCUGUACAUAUUUGCUAAUGUGUAUUUGUUGGUGUAACAGUGAGCUGUUGUAAAACUUCCCUCCUUAGAUUUUCCUUGCUUUGAGCAAUUCAGCACAAGUUUACUCUGCAGCCAAGAACAAGUGAAUCGAUGAACAAACUCAAUCAAGAAUGGAAAUCUCUUCAGUAAAACUGAGAAAGGAAGGAUUUUCCCAAGAAUGGUGGAGGCAUUUUCUGCCUUUUCUGUCCCUCCUAUCCUGAAUCUUGACAAUACUAGGUGGUAUUAUAUAAUGUUGCAUUUUCUGCCAAUACAGGAUGGAAGAUGUAAUGUCUUAUAAUAUAUAGCAUACUACGUCAGAUUAAACAGAAAACAUGUCAGGUCAUUUCAGGACUAGGGUUGGAAAAAAUUUAUUUUCUUGAAUAUUUUUUUUAAGCAUUACAACCCUAAAACAAAGAACCUAGAUUUUUGUCAUUCUGUGCCUAGCACUGUUACCCUCAUCAUGGGCAGAAAAAUUACACAGGGUAGUUGAUGAAUGAAUUUGAGAUUUUCCAAACGCCUUAUUGCUAGAGCAUAUUUUUCCUCAUGCUAUACACUCAGCUUCUAAGAGAUGUUUAUAAAGAUAUACAUAACUGAAUGAUGCAACGAGUGAUCCAUUAGCAUGAAAGGCUGUGGGAAAUAGCUUCUUUUCUUCAUUGGUCUUAACAACCGAUGAAUAAUGCACUGGUAUAACUUCCCCUGCCUUGUCUUGGAUAACCAUGAAGAUUCAACUGAAGACAUAGCGGUAGGCAAUAGCUUUAGCUUGAAAAGACCAUUUAGUAGGAAAUAUAGAAGUGCUUUAUUCUAAAAGAGGCACCAAAGAGUUCCAGGACUUCCUUUAGACUCCCGAAAUCACCUCAUUCAAGCCGUGAGACAUUACAGGAGGAAACUCACUAACACCAAAUGAAAGAAGGCCCCAAUAAUUGAGUUAGAGGCUAAAGGGUUCCUUGGUGGAAAACAUUUGGGAAACACUGGCCUAGCGAUGAAGGAAUAUAUUUGAAUCAACUUGCAGCUUUCCUUUAAUGGUGAAAAGUGUGACCUUAUCACUACUGCAUGGAAAGAGAAGAAGAAUACUCAGAUCACGUGUUGUCUAUCCCAACCAAUGGUGGAACCACGGGGUGUGUUUUCAACAAGGGAGUGUAAAAAGGAAACAACCCAUGUAGUCAAUGUUUAGUCUGCAUAUCACGCUUAACAUAGACCAGGUGCUAUAGUAUGAUUCAGACGUAGAGUUUUAUAAAAUCAGCCUCCCAUUGAGUCACUAGAACUUCACUUGUACCUUGAUGCCGUGGGCUGAAAGACCUAGAACUGUUCUUGAAAAUAUGUGUGUGUAUUUCUGAAACUCCACCAGCCCUCACGUUGCAGAAAAUGGCAAUGCCGGGUGAUCAUUUGAGAAAGUGAGUUGCCUGUUCCAUCUAAAAGCAGACAGUUGCCUUUGCUUUGCUCCCUAGUACAGUUGUUAGGUGAUUUGUUCUGAUGAAUGGGUCUUCAUUCUUCUGAACUCUCCUAAAUCUGAAAUUCCUUCCAGAACUUUUAGGUCUUUCCAGUUGGGGUGAAUUCAAAAAUGCCAUCCUUGUGUAUUGGCAUCUGCUUUGGCGCUCUUUCCCCUCCCCCACCUUUCCCAGUAGGUGUGCAGUCUCAAAAAAAAGUACUCAGCAGGAGAGGAGACAUUUUGAGGUCGGGAGUUUGCAUGUAGGGGAAAGCCUCCUUGUGAACUCUUCCUAUCUUCACCGUUCCUUUCCUUGGGCUGGCGGUUCAUUUUAGAGGAGAGAUUGAUUUCUUUAUGUUUAUCUUUGUACAACCACCGGUUAGGUAAAUUCCAGUUUUAUCUGGCUCGAUGAUGAGAUUUUUAUUUUCUUUUUAUGUAGGGUACAGAGGGAACCUCAGGUUUUUAUGGGCUUAUCUCUUCAAGUAUUUUAUAAGCCAGGCAAGCCUUAGCAAGAUAGGCCCUAGUGAACCAUGUUUAGUAUCUAUAAAAUGUAGGUUCUCUUAAGUAACUCCAUGGAGCGCCUUCCCCUUGGAGCCUUGUGGGAAAUAGUUGUGUAUUUGUAUUUGAGCCGCUUUCUUCUAUUAAAGUUUUCGUCGAGUGUUGAUGGAAGGAGAAAGAAAAAGAAUUUAGCAACAGAAUUCAGUCCCGUCCUGUCUGUAAACUCUGUGUCUUUCCAUUUCAGCAGUUGCAGCAUUUGAAAUCACAAAUACUCAUCACAGACGUGCACUGAAUACUGUUACUGCUCCACAGCACUUUGAACUAUAGCCCUUGUUGGGUGGGUAAAUGUGGAGUUUUCCUAGCUUAACUGCCAAAUAAAACUCUUGGGUUAGAAUGAGUUGUCAGUUUGAGUAAACUGAAUCCUUAUAUGCUUAGAUCAGAAUAUAGUUUAGGUAUGGGGUGUGUUUAAAAGUGGCCCAUUAUAUAACUUCCAGUAGCUCUAGUAAAGCUUGUUCAAAGUGAUUCAGGAUAUUAUUUAGUCUUCCUGUGGUACAUAAUAACUUCAUGCUGGAGUCAUUUAGAACAGAUUGUAAUGGUAUAAAGAACCUAAGAGUCCUCUAUAGCAAUACACAUUUGUUUCAGUUGGAAGUUAGUUGUAAGUGCCCUUAAAAUAUUGCUGGUGUUAAAUUGAACUUGAAUCACCUGUUUUUUCAAAGAGUCAAAUGAAAUCAAUGCCAUCCUUAGAGGGAUCGGAUGGGCAUGAAGCGACUGUGGGCCUGUGAUAAUGUCCUUGCUCACCAGCCACCCUUCAUCUGAAGUUUGCUUAAAAUUGGGUUUAUUUUGAUGCAGAAGCUGCAGUGGUUCCUUCAUGGCAAGUGUCACUCUUGAGCUGGUGAUGUCAAUCAAGCCCUCAACCCUGGGAGACUUGCUGAGAAUAUUUAUAAAUUCUUUCGAUUGUAUUUCAUGACACUCUGAAGAAAGUCACUUUUUUUAUAAAGAAUUACUUUUCCUGGAUUCUUUAUGCUUUUGCAAGUUUGAAUUCAUGAUUUGUAAUUAUAGAUCUUUCUAAGAAAAACUUGAAAAUAUAUGAAGCAUUAACAUUAUCCAAAAUGGACAAAUGACAGGUAACUAUUGUAAGGCUAAAGCUUGUAACCUGUUGAUUGGUAGAGAAGAGACUGGAAAGAACAAAUAUCACAUUGGCAACUUUCUGGGAGUACAUGUGAACAUAUCCAGUUGUAAGUCUCCAUCUCUCUCUGGGAUUUGUUGAUAUUAUUCUCAGUUGCUCUUUCUAUGUAUUUUGCACUUGAUUGCUCACCUCUCUUUGUUUCUUUAGAUUAAGCACAAUCAUAUGGUUUGUUAGAAAUUCAUGUUUAUCUUUCAAGGAUCUGAAUUAAUCACCAGUAUGCCCUGGAAGCAACUCCAGGUUUCCCUAUCAGACAUCUUACUGAUUCAGAAAACACAGAAGAGAAAAUGGGAGAACUUAGGGUUAGUACCCCAUUCUGUUGUAAAGUAGAAGAGAAAUCACUGCACCCUGACAUGGAGACUCAAGAUGCCUUUUAAGGGAGUAAAAGUAAAUAAGUAAAUAAAGUUUGUUUAAAUUGAUUUAAAAUGGGUAACUGAGAACCUUUCAUUACUCUUCUGAAAUAAUUUUUUGAAAUCUAUUGGUUAUGAAGGAAAAUAGCAAGCUUAGGUUGACAUGAUUUCAAAUGCCUUUUUUGAAGGAAUAAUAUUUGCAUUACUAAAUUAGACAACAGCAGAAGCUGAGUUUACAUCAAUUGGUCAUUGAUGUUGUGACUACUCAGUAUAACUCUCUACAAAUGUGUGUGUCUCCAAAAGAAGAAUUUUUACGAAUUAAUUUACACACAUGUCUUUGCAGGGGAAAUGUUUGAUAUUACAUGGUUUAUGUCCUCUUUGUAGUGUCUAAACUGUCACUUCUCUUUCAUAAGGUACCAGUUAUAGUAGUAGCACUUAACAAUUGCAGUUUUUAUUGCAGGAAACAAUGUACCUAGUGUAAUUCCUUUCAGAGAAAUUAAUGUUUUCAUUGUCAUCAGCAGAAUUGUUCAGUGAAUUGUGUGAGGUCCUGACAACUCUCUGUGAGGGUUCUCUUGAAGUUAUUUGAAGUUGGAAGGAUUGCAAAAAUGAUCAUUUUUGUUUCCCGCAACAUCGAACAAGCAUUUGAAAAAGUUAAAAAAAAUAUUUGUCUCCUGCAAAAGUGAAUUGGUGUCUGUCUGUGCACACUAGUGUAAGCUUGUAUGUGAAUGAAAAGUUGGCCUGCCAUUCUCUGGGUUGCUGUUCUGUACAGUUACUGAUCUGCUUCACUUACAUAUUGCCAACCGCACAUAUGCACUCCUAUGCCACUAUAAUCUGCAUCACUGUUGUACUCAGAUCAAGCCAAUGAAUAAAGUUUUGUGCUUUAUUCUUAAAUGGUAA